CGCUCAUUUUGCAUUAAGCUUGUACCGUGUGUUUGUAGAACUCUCCAGCGCGCCUUUAACAAGAGGUGCACGCGAACCGCACGGCAAAUCUAGCGCCUGUUGCUGCCGCCUGAGUGCGUCGGAGAGACAGAAUUCUACUUAAAAAUCACAAUAAUCUCCAAGCAGAUAUUUUCCUGAUAGUUUCUACGUCUAUCUAGUGUUUCGCGUUUUCAUCUCUUGGAUUACCCUAAGAUUAACAAAAACGUGGACUACGAGAAGGAAGCACAAAAAGGUGUGAUUCUCGAUUAACGGUAAACACUUCACUUCAGCACAGACCACGGUGCAGACAUCUUGGUACAGAAGGAACUGUGUAUUCGGCCGUCACAAUGUGGCUGGUGAACAGCGUGAAGAACCUCAGGUCUCCACGAGAGGGGCUGCCCGGCCGCCCUUAUGAAGCUGACAGCAGGCCGCGCUGCACCAACGUGCUCACUCCCGAGACCAUCCCGGAGUUCCUCAUCCCGCCCACGGAGUUGCCCUCACGGAAGCGCAGCGACAGCGGCUCCAACGACUCGGAGGCGGCGUACGGGCUCCUUUCCGGGGAGGAGCGGCUCCUUCCGCCGGGUUCCCUGCCGGGGUACGCCCCUGAUUCGGACGCCUGGAGCUACGUCACCCCGCCCCGCUCGCCGGCCGUGUCGCCCUACCGUGCCCGGCGGGCCGGCGUGGUCACCGCUCCCACAGACACAGACUCCUUGGGCGCGCUUGGACCUGACGCUGCCGAGAUGGACAACAACGCCGACCCCUUGUCCCGCAUGGGCAUGACCCUGCAGCACCUGGGGCGCACCCGGACGUCGUACGGCUUCACCACCCUCACCCAGUCCCCCACCACCAAUAGGAAGGAGUCGCUUUACUUUCACAACGGGAGAUCCGCCAAGCAGCGUGGGUCCAGCCCGCUGGUCAUCACACCUGAGUCGGACUCGGACAGCGGCUGGUCCCAGCAUCAGCAGCGGCGCAGCACAGGGUCCACCCCCGCAGGGAGCGUCUUCUACAACCCUAGCUCCUCGGAGUCCUCCCCCGUCUCCUCGCCGGCGUCGUCUCGGUCCAGACGCAGCUCGGGCGACGCUAGCUCCCUCGGUAAGAAGUCUCCCAAGGUGCCAAAGUACGUGCGGCGGCAGAGGUUCCAGACCCGGCGGCGCUCCUCGCUCGCCGUGCCGAUCGACUUCUCGUCCACCGAGCCGAGCUCCACUGAGCCGAGCCCGAACGUGCCCCGCAAGACCAGCCCGUGGGGAGGGAACCACUUACCCACCAGGCCACGCAGCAACUCGCUACAGGUCCCGACAUUCACCCCAUAUGCCCUCCGGGAGUCGAACGGCCAGGACAGACCGGUGGACCACUACCUGGGGGAGCUCAAGUUUGCCAUUGAGUUCGUCAAGAGAGGCAGACAACUAAAGGUGUCCAUCAUCAAGGCGGAGAACCUGGGCGGCCACAAGCACGCCAAGAACAACGUCAACAGCUACAUCCGGCUGUACCUGCUACCGGGGAAGGUGGGCCGCCAGCAGACGCGCACAGUCAAACACACCAGGAACCCCAUCUUCAACGAGGAGUUCUACUUCGGAGGGCUGGGACUGCAGAUGCUGAACGACAUGAAGCUGCGCAUGAAGGUGUUUAGCAAGACGCCGCACCUGCGCAGAGACGAGCUGCUGGGGGAGGUGCAGGUGGUGCUGGGUACCCUGGACCUGAGUCACGAGAACCGCCUCUGGAGAAAUCUCGAACCCAAGACAGAAGCGGAGGACCUGGGCAUGCUGAACGUGUCUCUCUGCUACCAGCCCAGAUCAGAGAAUCUCAUCGUCACCGUCAUCAAGGCUGAGGACCUGCCGAGAAACAACAUCUUAACGCCACCUGAUCCCUACGUCAAAAUAGUCUUGUCCGGCGCCGACGGCGGAGAGGAUGACGUCAGACAAACCCGCAUCCGACGGAAGACAAGUAACCCCGUCUUUAAGGAGGCCUUCAGCCUCCACAUUCCGCACGACUCCGUCAAGUCCGUCAGCAUCACCGCCACCGUCUACGACCACGCCCGAAUCAUCUCCGACGGCGUCAUCGGCCAGGUUCGGUUCGGCGCCACGGCCACGGAGCUCAGCGAGAUCGAGCACUUCCGCAAAGCGCUGGACCAGGAGAACCAACCAAUCGCGUUCUGGCACAACCUCAUGGAGAUGGAGUGACUUUCCAUCACGUCUUAGUUGCCAUGGUGACCGCUCUCAUUCUUGUACAAAAUAACUUUAUAUAUAAAAUAUCAUCUAACCGCGCUGAGGAACAGAGACUGUCCGUGACCAUGAUAUUCGGCCAUUCAAAUGUCAAACGUGACCACCGUCGGUUGCCAGCCAAUGAAAUGACGGGGCCUUCACGUGACCACUGGCUGUCAGCCAACCACUUGAUGGGACCUUUCUAGAUAGGUUGUAACUGGUUGUAACUACUACUAAGUCAAUCACAUGAUCGGACCUUAUCGUCACUGUAAGCCAAUCCGUGACGGGACUUUCUGACCACGUUGUCAGCCAAUAGCCAAUCACAGUCCCGUGACUACAUGUACAUGUUGCGUUUAGAUCCACUGACUUUAUAGAACAGUCCCAUGACGUAGAUGUCACAUACGCUCAUCCUCGCAUGUCGACAGUAUCUUGAUUUCUCUCGUCUGUGGCGUAACAAAGUUCAUGUAUCACAUAAUGCGUAAAUAUUCCUUAUUCUGUACUGAAUAGCCAUAUCGCUGGAGUAGUAAUAUUUGCGGUUUAAGAAAGUGUUGGUUAUGGAAAGCAGUUGCCCAAAUGAACAAACUUGAGCGUUUAUAACUGUACAUACUUGACGUUGUCUAUCAUUUUUAUAACUCUUUAUACGAAACUUUGUCUCUAGACAGACCGUAAGUCGCCAAAGCGUGCUCAAGAUGUCGCCAUUGAAGGCAUAAUGCUGCAGUAUGCAGAUUAGUCGCAUGGUGUCGUACUUUAUAAUCCUGGUGUUGUACUUCAUACAGGUACAUGGGAACCAAACAGAACACAAGAAUUUCGGCCGUACGACAAAAUCAACGAAAGCGUGAACUAAGUCUGUAUUCACGAAGUACCGUAAUAGCCAUAAGGCAGAGGCGAUAUCUAAAGCGACUAUCAUAUGUUGUACAUAUAAUUUUUUUUUUGCUACUAGUCUUCAAAGUCUGUCUGACACGUUGCAAUA